AUGCCAGACUUGAUAACCUCAAUCGAUUAUCUCGCUGAUCUCGAACUCUACAAGACGGAAAAGCCUUAUGCUGUGGUUGUAUCUCCAGAAAACCACGAUGAGAGCAUUGAGACAAACAACCUGGUGUUCGAAUCUCGCGAGGGUCUGACUAUAACCGACAUUCGAGGGCAUGAAAAUGAUAUAUCUCUCGAAACCUCAGGCUUCACUGUCACACCAAACAAGAGUCAGCUCUCUAACGUGGAAAGCUGGGACGAGAUUCGCGCAUAUCAAAAAGAGACUGAACAGUUCCUAAAAGACUGGUUUCAGGCCGAUUCUGUAUUCUGCUUUGAUCUAAAGCUACGCAAGAACGAACCGGUGACCAGACUGGUGAAAGAUCUCCGAGACUGGACGAUACCUGAUGCUCCAGCGUACGGAGCUCACAACGAUGUCACCUUUGAUAGUGGCCCGAUGAUUAUCGAUAACAAUCUUCCAACAGACCUCAAGGAAAAAUACCUUCAACCGGGAUAUAGGUUCAGGAUCGUCAAGUAA